UAAAUUCGCCGGAAGUAAGCUGUAGUACUUCCAGUUUAGCGUCAGCCUUUUCCCAGUGCCUCUGAACUCCAGAAACACCCCGUGGCGGACUGAAAGAGUAGAUUUUAAAUCGGUCAGCUGUAACAGUUUAGGUCCUUAAAAACAACACUGACUCCUAGUCGCGUUUACGGUGCAGUAACAGUGAGAUAUUGUGACACAUCAUUUAGCUUUGUUAGCCGCGUUAGCCGGCUGCCAUCCUUUUUUCCGAGCGUCACUUCCUACUUUUGAAAAUCGCGGCCAGAAAGGAAAGAAACAGAGAUGGAGUUACAAGUGGGUUCAGAGCCGAUGACCUUGGGCUCUCCUACCUCUCCUAAGCCAACCUCUGGGGCUCAGUUUCUGCCCGGUUUCCUGAUGGGUGACCUGCCAGCUCCAGCAAGCCCACAGCCUCGCUCUUUUAGCCUGGCCUCACCACUUGCGGAUAGCACAAGCACACUUCGAGGAGGAGGAGGAGGUGGUGGUGGAGGUUCUGCCAUGCAGCCUGUUGUCCCCACACCCAAAGACAAGAGUGGAGCCCCACCUGUUCGCAGUAUCCAUGACGACCUGGUUACUGUAGCGACACCUCUUGCUGCACACAGACAGUCGUUCCCAGUCAUGCAGUCUCCUCUGUCAGCACGUCAGGCCUCCACUCCAGGAACAGGCAUGCAGCAGAUGUGUCUGUCACCAGCUCAGGUGGACCCCUUCUACACUCAGGGAGAGUCUUUGUCAUCUGACGACCAGCUGGACCAGACCUGGGUCACAGUGUUUGGCUUCCCUCCAGCCUCGGCUUCCUACAUCCUGCUCCAGUUCGCUCAAUACGGAAACAUCCUCAAACACACGAUGGCGUCUCCUGGUAACUGGAUGCACCUUCAGUAUCAGUCCAGACUUCAGGCCAGGAAAGCACUGUCCAAAGAUGGAAAGGUGUUCGGUGACUCCAUCAUGGUGGGAGUCAAACCCUGCAUAGACAAGAGCGUGAUGGACAGCACUGAGGCUGUCUCUACUCCUGUCUCCUCCUCCUUCUCCGCGCUCCCUACCACCCCUCGCUCUGCAAUCAGACCACUCAGCACCACCUACAGGAACUCAGGCAGUGACUACCAGGUGGUAGCAGACAAACAGACACCCAGGAAGGAUGACAGCUUUGUUUCCAAGGCGAUGGAGUACAUGUUUGGCUGGUGACGCUGCAUAAAAGGAUGCCUGCAGUUUCAGGAGAGAGAGGGCAAGUGGUGGGAAGAGAGAUGAACUGAUUCACUUUGUGUGGUGUGUAUGUCUGAGUGUGUGUGUCUGUGUGUGUGUGUGUGUGUGUGUGUGUGUGUGUGUGCUAAAAUGUAGGAUCUUUUCUUGCUGUCUUCUUUUAUAAUCAGUUUUUCAAUGUUUUUUAAUCUUUGUCUCAAUAAAAAUGUUUUUGUUUUUUUUAA